UAAGAGUUAUAUAAUACUUCCAAUUUUCAAGUCUAAUUAUGGGAUUAAUGGAAAGAUUACUUGAUUCUUUUAACCAAUUUAAUACUUCAGUAAGACAAAGAUAUCUCAAGUUUCAGCUGAAUACAAAAAAGCAAUGAGCAUGUUAAUUGCCAUGUGGAAUAAAUAGGCAGCCUCCAGGAAACAAUAUAUUAUAUUAUAUACAUAUACGUAUACGUACUACUUGGAGAAUUAUACAGAAAAGUUUGAAAAAGGGAUCUGAAUUCAGAUUAUAGUCCAGAAAUAUGUAGAAGUAUAGUUCCAAAAUGCUAUUUAUCUAAAAAUAAAUAGUAAAUGUGCUAUGAAAAGAGAAUUGUAUAAGAAAAUAGCCUACAGUACUGCUAUCUUACUCUGGAUAUAAUCUCCAUAUCUCAUUUCUUGUUAGCUAAAUUAGAAAAUGUAGUUAAUGGAGGAAUUUAAGAAAUAGGGUAACAUUUUAUUAAAUUUGCUAGAGCUGUUUCUGGGAAGACAGCCUAAUUAAAAUUAAUAGAAUUGCUGGUUUCUAUUUCCUAAGGUUCUCAAAUUAUGACUGUUAAGUUAAGAUGAACAAUAUAUUUUUCAGCUAGUUGGAUGUCAUUAAAAGAACAAAAUCUAGUAACAAGAAAAUGGACCCUAGCACUUAAAAAGUCUAGCUGGCUGAUACCGUCUGACAUAUGUAAUAAUUAACCAAUUUAACCUAUUGGCUUGAAGUUCCCAAAGGCUAAAAUUGUCAUACUGAAUUUAUGAUUAUUUGCUCAUUUUGUUCAGAAUAUACUAUUUCUCAUCAUUUGGUUUCCUAUUCACAGCGUGGAUGAAAUCCAGUAUAGAAUCAGGAGAAAUCUAUCUUGUGUAAAGGGACUUUAUUUACCCAUUAUUUCUUUUCUUUCAUUAUUAAAUUAUUCUAUUGCCUCUCCAAACUGUUCCUUCACUAACUGUCUGAAGGCGUGAAAGUUGCAAGAUAGAAAGGAAUUAAAUUCCCCUUUCCAAUAUCUUAGUGGAAGAAGUGGAAGUUGUACUCUAACUACAUAUUAUUAGGUAGUAUUAAUUAUUAUCAAUAAUAAUGCAGUCUUAAAUUGACACUUUCGGAACUCUUAUAAAUAUAUAUGAUAUAUUUAUUUCAAUUUGAAGUGGAUUUCUUUAGCAUAGAUUCUAUACCUAGUUUUUUUUAAUCUGCUGAUUGUUUAUCCAUAUGUUGAAUAACUUUAUUCUCUUUUUUUAAAUAGUGACAGAACUCUUUGUUUACAAGAAAAAAGGGAAAUCCGAUUUUAUGAAUGUGGGCUUGUUUUAGGUUUUAAAGUUCUUAGUAACUUUGAGGACAUACAGUAGAUAUACCACACUGAGCUAUAAAUUAAAUAAGGACAGCUCAAUAAAAUUUAUAUUUUUUUAAAAUGCAAAUAUUAGUUAUAAGUAACAGUUCAGAAUUUUUCUAUAAAUGAAAUAAUUGAGACAUGACCUUUACAUUUUGUUCUCUUGUCAGCAUGAAUAUUAGUUAUGGCUAAUGCAUUUUCAGUCAUAACUCUUUGAAAAAACUGAUUUAUUUUGAACUUUUUAGACAGACAGACAGACAGAUAGAUAGAUAGAUGAUAGAUAGAUAGAUAGAUAGAUAGAUAGAUAGAUAGAUAGAUAGAUAGAUAGAUAGAUAGAAAGGUAGGUAUUCUGCCAUAGACAAAAGCUCCUACAGAUCAGUUUCCUAAUUUUGUAAUAGAUUUCUGUGCUUUUGAAGAUUUUAUAAAUUAUUUACAUAGGUUUAAUGUUGCCCGAAUUAUAGUUUUUUCCUAACUGUUAAUACCAACAUUCUUGGGUAAAAAUCAAAUGUGAGUUUUUGUUCCAUGUGUAGAACAUAAAUACAUGUUCUUAUUAAAUAUGCAUUUAUUAUCAAGCUGCAAGGUUUGAAAAUAUGUUUUAGUUUGAAUGGGAUUGAAAAAAUGUUGCAAAUUUAUGAAAAUAUUAAGAUAAAAAGAAAACAUGAAGAAACCAGAGCUGUGAAUAAUCUUUAGUAAAGGAAAUUAGUGGAGAUAUAAUGAUAUUACUACUAAAAUGGCUGUGUAGGGAGUUUGCUUUGGAUCUAUUUUAAUUAAUCAUUCUGAAUCACUUCACCAAGUUUGCCAACUUCUUGAAUCAGGCUAUUAGCUAGUAAAUCUAAAACUAUGUAAUUGAAAGUUGGCUUGGAUUCUGGUCUUGAAAUAUUUCUGUUAUAUAUCAGAAAGAACAAUAGGUAGUUUUCAUUCCCAUUCAAAAUCCUGAACCGGAGAUUCAUCCAAAUAAUUUGUUGGAUUUUUAAGACCAUUUGGGAAAAUGUCAAAAUUGAGAUAAUAUAUUCAGAAGUUGUGAAUGCUCCAACACUGGAAAUUUUUAAGAAAAUGUUGGAUAACCAUCUGACUGAGAUGGUGUAGGGUUUCCUGCCUGGGCAGGGGGUUGGACUAGAAGGCCUCCAAGGUCCCUUCCAACUCUGAUGUUAUGUUAUGUUAUGUUAUAUUGGCUACAAUUAAGUUAUAAUUAAUAUUCUUCAGUGGGCAGAUUGGUAUAAAAUAACCAAUAACCUUUAUAAAAUAAACUUUCAAGAUUUAUUGUUUCUUUGAGUCAGAUUUUUCUGUACUCAUUAUAUAAAAAUGUCUAUUUAGGGUUCAAUAUAAUUAAAGUUACACUUUUCUCUUUGAUUGAUACAUACUAAUUUUAUUAUUUAUAUUUUUUGUAUUGAUGUAUGUAACAGUAACAGAGUUGGAAGAGACCUUGGAGGUCAUCUAGUCCAACCUCCUGCUUACACAAAUCUGUACUAGGGAUUCAAACCACCGAACUGCCGUCCCUUCUGAUUGAGAAGCUCAUUGUCUUACCACUGAGCCACCUAGUCAGGCUUAAGUAUGUGUGUGUAUAAGCACAUGCUUCAGUGGCAUGAUUUUUGAAACACCUAAGAAAGUGGCUGAGACCUAUCUUAACUAAAAAGCCUUGGGAAAAUAGAUUGAAAGAAAUGCUUUUGCUGCAGUAGAAAGGGUUUACAUAUUUGGAAUAAAGUUAUCAAAUAUUAAAAUGUAUGAGCAAAUUCUUUCAAAAAUAUGAAAGUGUGUAAUUAUUUUUGAAAGCUAUUAUAUGAUGAAACGUAGAAAGGACCUCUUGUCUCUGUAAGUGAUCAAACUAGAUAGAAUCUCUGAGCAUUUUCUGAGGUUGCAAAUAGUAAUCUAAUAAAGUCUUAAUCUCUCUUUUUCAUUUUCUCACUAGAAAAACUAUACCGGAUAUGACUUCUAUAAAGGAGCAAGCAGCAAUCAGUAGAUUAAUAACUUUCCUACAAGAAUGGGAUAGUGCUGGCAAAGUUACUCGAAAACAAAUUCUUGAAAAUUUCAUUCUUGCUAACCAAGGCAAGACUGGUCCAGAACUUGAGAUAGAAUUCUCUCAAGGAGCCAGUUUGUUUCUAGCACGAAUAACUGCCUGGCUCCGGCUAACGAAGCUUUUUCCUACAACAGGUGUGAGAUCAAUUGCUGAAUUUUUUGCCACUUCCAAGUCAGAAGCGACACAAGAGCAAGUGCAGAUUCUUCUGGAUACAUUAGGACAUGGCAACCCCAAAUAUCAAAAUCAGGUGUAUAAAGGACUGAUUGCUCUUUUAAAGUGCACUUCUCCCAAAGCCCAGCAGCUGUCACUACAAACACUCAGGAUGAUACAGUCAAUUGUGGGGAAAGCCCAUCUGAGCAUUGUUGAUUCUGUGCUGAGUGUGCUUCGCUCUCUGAAUUUCGAGGUACAGUAUGAAGCUAUUCAACUGAUCAAGGACCUUAUGGCCUAUGAUGUGCGACCAGCUCUGCUAAAAGGCUUGGUUACAUUACUAAAGCCAUCAAGGCAGGAGACAGCCAAGAUGCAAGCAAGAAUCCUGGAAGAAGCAGGCUCUUUGCACCUGAUAGAAUCCUUGCCAGCAUAUGUUCAGCAAGCUGCAGCAGCCAAAACCAUUGGAAUUCUGGCCCAGGAAUCUAGAGAAGUGGCUGAGGAGCUGAUCGUCUUGAAUGUGGUACAUGGUCUUAUGUGUGCCAUGGGCAACAAGGAUCACACUAAUGGUCAAAGACAAGCUAGCAUCACAUUAGCGUAUUUUGUACAGAUGUUUAUAGUGAUUGAGAACUAUGUUCGGAGGGCCAUGGGAGAAACAUUGUUCGAGCUAUUCAUGCAAGAUGCCGCAAAUUUGUACUUGAAUAUGGACGCUGUACAGGCUGAUAUCCUGGCUACCAAUAUAGUCAAUAUUCCAGCAGAUUGUUUGGCUAAAGAAAACACUUCUUUAACAGGUAUGCUUUUUCAGUCAUGGGGAAAAGUCUACAACAAGAAACAUAUAUACAGAAUUGUAUAUACAAUUUACGGAAUUGUAAAUUCUCCAUUGGUGCAGAAUUAGAAAAGCAUUUAACACAUAAUUUACAGCUAAAUUCAGAAACUGCUUAGAUUAAUCGAGCAAUAUAUAGAACCCAAUAUUUUUAUAUGUUUUUGUGUGCGAAUUUGUGUAUAUAAAACCUGUGGAAGGAAAUAUCAGUUGAUGACCCAAAAUGGAUAAAAUCAUAUCUCCAUGAUGUAACUUUAUUGUAAAAUAAAAUGGUCUAUAGUCAUUUAUUUAAUUUCUGCAGCACCAAUCUUGUGAUCUGAACUGAACCAUCUUCAUGUGUAUAUAUAGGUAUGCAUAUACAUACAUGAUUAAAAUUAGUUCAGUGCUUCAGUACUGUGUUUCCCCGAAAAUAAGACCCUGUCUUAUAUUUUUUUUGAAGCUCUUGGCCUUAUUGCCAUGCACUCAAAAGCCCAAUUAGGCUUAUUAUCAGGGGAUGUCUUAUUUUCGGGAAAACAGGGUAAUAGAUUCAAGACUAAAUUGAUUUUUUUUUGGACUGAAAUUAUUUUUUUCCCCAACCUAGAGACAGAAUCAAGCCCUGAAGAAGAAUGGCACUCUGAAGACAGUGAAGUACAUUUUGAGCCACUUGCUUAAUUUCAUUUAAGUAUUAGGUUUAUUGUUGAUUUUAAUCUUCUCCCCAUUUUUCUGCACCCUUUGCACAAAGUACCUUUUUCAAAAUCUUUUCAUGCAUCCCUGUGAAGAAAGCAUGAAGGGCUAUCUAACUGCAGGACAAACUGUGGCAUUUGCAACAUUGGAACAAGUGAUUUCUAUUUUUAUUGACUAGUUUUUUUAUCUGUUGUGGUACACAGAUUGUACCAAACUACAACUCCCAAAAUCUCGCAACAAGUAGCAACGUUCAAUACCACCGAAGAUAAAGCUCAGGAAACUUUAAGGAACAAAAUGGCUUUUACCAUUGGAUAAUUUUUGGCCCGUUUCAUAGCCCAACCCUAAUUCAUAUCAUUAUGAAUUAUGUGGAACAGCUACAUAAUGUACAACUAACCUACACUCUAAAAGAGGAAACAUAUGCUAAAUAAAAUUGCAUUGAGUUGUUGAAUU